UAGUGAGUGCCAUUGUGCUAAUCACUUCGCUUUGGCUCAAGUUGGAGGAGGCUUUCUCGGUGUCAGUACCACCCAUUUAUACGCGCCUCCCCCGUCCCGUCUUGUCCCCUCUCUCUCCUCUUCCUCUUGUCUCUCUCUCUUCUCUCUCCUGCUUCUGUGGUUCUUGUUAUCCUGUUCCACCCCAUCAGAUGCUCCCUGCUGCUGAAAUUUGGUAGUUAGGUGCUUAAAUACAUCCACCCCAGAGAACAUCGAACAGAGAGUAUUUGUGGUGGUUGCUGCCCAGCCUAACCAAGCUCUGACUUUCUUGAGGGAAGGCACGAGGACAACACAAUGAUGAGCUUCAGCAGCCAUGAGGGGUUCGGGCAGGUCGCCGCCGCCAACUCCAAUGGAGCUUCGCUGCCAUGGUGGACAGGGGCGCCUCAGAUGCUGUACGGCGAGCCGUUGGGCCAGGGGAAGCCGCCGGCCAUGUCGCCGGAGGCCGCGUGCCGGGUGAGCCGGUUCCAGGUUGUGCCGGGAGCGCAGGCGUUGCUGGAUCCUCCGGUGGAGAGGGGUCUCCCUGAAGUCCUGAAGUUCUCCAUGGCUCAAGGUAAAGGGGAGAAUGGUUCUGAGCACUCUGCCACUGUUGCUUUGCAAUCACCUUUUGCAAUAUACAAUAGUCAUUUUGAGCUGGGCCAUGGUCAAUCAAUGGUUUCCUCUAAUAAUCCUUAUGCUGACCAGCACUAUGGCCUGCUUUCUCCUUAUGCAAUGGGAGCAACGCCUGGUGGGCGUAUGCUUGUACCACUGAAUAUGCCAACAGAUGCACCAAUUUAUGUGAAUGCUAAACAAUAUGAAGGCAUUCUUCGUCGACGCCGUGCCCGUGCCAAAGCAGAGAGGGAAAAUAGGCUGGUCAAAGUCAGAAAGCCAUAUCUCCAUGAGUCACGUCAUCUUCAUGCACUGCGUCGUGCAAGAGGCUCUGGUGGACGCUUCCUGAACACAAAGAAAGAGUUCAAUGGGAAGGACGCUGGUAGAGGGAGCAAGGCAAAGGUCAGCAACCUGCUAAUGCGCCAGGCUGCAUCUCCAAGUUCAGAGAUCCAGCAGUCAGACCUGGGCAACCCGAGCAGCAUCUCCAGCCUGUCGGGUUCGGAGGUGACAAGCAUAUAUGAUCAUGAAGAUGUGGAGCACUACCACAGCUUUGAUCACCUCCGGACACCCUUCUUCACCCCGCUCCCGAGCAUCAUGGACGGUGAGCAUGGGGUCGGUAACCCCUUCAAGUGGGCAACAGCCUCUGAAGGCUGCUGCGACCUCCUCAAAGCAUGACUGGAGGGGAUACCAGGCAGCCGAAUAUUAGGAGCUGGUGACUACCGGCUGCUGCCGGCGGUUUCCAGCUCCGGUUCAGGGAUUUAUCCCUGCCUUAGUUUGGCUGUCGGUAGGCAAAUCAUUCUUGGCUUUAGGCAUUGUGGUGAUUCACUCAUUGCCUAAAUGUCCUCGAAACUACUAUAGUUUCUGGGAUCGUGGUGAGUGGAACACCCCUUGCCUGCAAAAAUUAUGAUCUAAAUCGGUACUACUAGCUACCGCAAUUUAGGUCGUUUAACGGUAGCAGGUAUCAGCUUACUUUUCUGAAUAAACUCUCGAACUUCAGACCAGUCUGAAGUUUCAGAGGUACUGGCAUUGGAGUAUGCUUGGAGUCUGAUGGAUUAUGGUAUGCUUGUAUCUUGUGUGGACUUGCUUUGUACUUUGUGGUGUUGAAAACUCGUACUUGGUAAUGUAAUAAUGUAUUGAGGCCUGGGCUUGGUUUGUA